AUGGCCGCCGUUACGUCCACCGCCGAAAGCGGCGCCAUCCAUGUCGGCACGCGCAAGUCGGCGCUGGCGAUGAAGCAGACCGAGAUCGUCGUCGAGGGCCUCUCCAAGGCGCGACCGGACGUUUCGUUCGAGGUCCACAGCAUGCAAACCCUGGGCGACAAGGACCAGAUCACGGCGCUAUACAACUUUGGCGGCAAGGGCCUGUGGACGUCGGAGCUCGAGGCCAAGCUCGUGGCCAAGGAGCUCGACAUCAUCGUCCACUCGCUCAAGGACAUGCCGACGACGCUCCCGGACGGCUGCACCCUCGGCUGCGUCACCAAACGCGAGGACCCGCGCGACGUUGUCGUCUUCAAGGCCGGCCUCGCCGAGGAGCACGGCUGGAAGGGCCUCGCCGACCUGCCCGACGGCAGCGUCAUCGGCACCAGCAGCGUGCGCCGUAUCGCCCAGCUGAAGCGCCGCUACCCGGGGCUGAAGUUCGCCGAUGUGCGCGGCAACAUCGAGACGCGGCUCCGCAAGUGCGACGACCCGGAGGGCCCCUUCUCCGCCAUCAUCCUCGCCGCCGCCGGCCUGUUGCGCAUGAACUACGGCGCCCGCAUCUCGCAAUUCCUCGACUCGGAGAACGGCGGUACCCUGCACGCCGUCGGGCAGGGCGCCCUGGGCAUCGAGGCGCGGUCGGGCGAUGAGCGUGUGCUGAGUGUGCUCAAGGAGCUCGAGGACAAGCCGACGAUGCUGGCCUGUGUCGCGGAGCGGAGCGUUAUGCGAACGCUCGAGGGAGGAUGCAGCGUGCCGAUCGGCGUCGAGACGACCUGGGUCGAGGACGGCAAGAAGCUGCGGUUCAAGGCGACGGUGGUGCACGUCGACGGCACGCACGGAGUGGACGCGGAGAGGACCGAGGUGGUCAAGACCGCAGAGGAGGCAGACGUUUUUGGUAAACUGGUGGCACAGGACCUAGUGGAUGGAGGAGCACAACGGAUCCUCGACGACGUCAACCAAGUGCGGCCGGGCAACCAAACGGCGACAGAAGCGACCAUCCCGUCUUCAUCCUAA